GUGGACAGGAGCAAGCUUACCGCCCCGCCGUCGGGUUGUUGCCGCCGCCAGGUGGAUCACGAGCUUGCGUCGUCGCGAAGUAUACAAGCGCUGCCAUUGUAAGCCGCAUCUCAUCGCCACGGUGUGCCUGUGCGGCGAGAGCACGGUGCCUGUUGGAUGAUCUGUGGGGCUCGCGCACUUCUUGGGUAACAUGGACGUGGAUUCGUUUCAGAGUAAAUCCUUGAAAAGGCAAGAGUCGCACGCCGUAUCAAGCCAGCACAGGAGGUUGGCGACGUGAGCGCCAGGAACGCAAGUCCGACGACACACACGUCAUGCAGCUCACUUGACAAUCUCCGUCGAGCCAGGUCGCGUCGUCGUCGAGGACGCCGGACACGCCAUGGCUCUCUUGACUACGUCGCAGUCUCCCCGCCGCCCACGCAACCACAAACAACACUGGACGACCACCGAACCAGACCAGAACGUCAUCUUGCCCCGCCACCUGUGGGUCUCGAACAAGCACCGAUCAAGCUGCGUGUGGUGUGUGAAGCCGUUCAGCUUGUUCCGGCAUCGCCAUCACUGCCGCUUGUGUGGCGACUUGUUUUGCAAAGACUGCGUCGUCGUUUGCAAAACCCGACAGGCAAGUGUCAAAGUGUGCCGGUCGUGCAUGCCGUCGAUCGAUGCCGCGCCGCCGCCGCCGCGGCGGCGCACCACCCUUGAAAACGUCAAGCUCCUGGACACGGCCCGAUGCCUCGAGUUGAGCAGCUCCACAGCAGCUUCGCCGAAACCUUGUUUUCCCAACACAGCCACGUCGUCGACAUGCUCGUUGCCGAAUUCACCGUCCGCGUCCGAGCUCGGCAUGGCUGUCUUGCCGUCCCCCAGCAUGGUUGCCACACUCGCGCAUCUCCUCCAGGAAACGGCCGACACGCACGUGACGCUCGCGGCGCACACGUCCAACGCGACCCAAGCGAUCUCUGCGCACGAUGCUCAGAUCGACAGACUCAACCGAGCGAUCGCGCGAAUCGAAGCCAAACUGUGGCACGAGUGCGCGGACCCACAGGACGUCGACGCCCUCGUCGCAAGACGUGCAGCCCCUUAGCGCUCACGAUCCGCGUGAAGCUCCUCCCGUGCAUGUAGAGCUGGUAUUUGAGACGGAAUACAUGUCAGUCUUGUGCAAUGCGCACCACCCCCUUCAACAAUAUCCGUCCACGAUGGCCGAUUGCAUCCUUGCAGAGCCAUGCAACCGUCGACGUGCAGCGGACCACGCAACGAGCGCAUAUCAGCCGAUGAUGCACCCACUAACCAGCGCCAUGGCCGC